UCCAACUAGCAGGGGUGAGGACAUCUGAGUGAUCAAAACCAUGGAGCUAGGUGUCUUUCUCCUCCUUCUCCUGACUGUCUUCACUGCCUUGCUGCUAUUGACAAAAGACCACCCAAAGACACAUGGAUGCCUCCCUCCUGGACCCCGUCCCCUGCCCUUCUUGGGGAACCUUCUGCAGAUGGACAGAAACAGCCUGUUGAAAUCCUUCCUCAAGAUGAGAAAACAAUACGGAGAUGUGUUCACUCUGUACUUGGGACCAAGACGUGUGGUCAUACUAUGUGGAACAGAGGCCAUCCGGGAGGCUCUGGUGGACCAAGGUGAUGCCUUUUGUGGGGGGAGCCUCACUGCUGUAAUGGAUCCUGUUUACCAAGAAUAUGGUAGCAUAUUUGGUAAUUACCCACGUUGGAAGAAUAUGCGAAAAUUUAUUCUGGCCACCAUGAGAGAUGUUGGAAUGGGAAUACAGGGCACUGAGAAGCGAAUUCAAGAGGAGGCUCAGUGUCUGGUGGAGGAACUGCGCAAAAUUAAUGGAAGUCUCCAGGAUCCUACUUUCUUGUUCCAAUCCAUCAGUGCCAACAUCAUCUGCUCCUUUAUAUUUGGAAAACGUUUCUCUUACCAAGACCCUGAGUUCCUUCGACUUUUGGGAUUGAUAUUACAAGUAUUUGAAGACUUGAGCUCCUUCUCCAGCCAGAUGUAUGAGUUUUUCUCUGGCUUCUUGAAGUACUUUCCUGGCUCACAUAGACAAGUCAUCAAAAACAUGCAUGAAAUCAUCGCCUUCAUUAGUCGCAGUGUGGAAGAUCACCAUGAGACCCUGGACUACACUGCUCCCAGGGACUUCAUUGACAACUUCCUGAUCCGCAUAGACAAGGAAAAGUCUGACCCCAAUACCGACUUCCAUCAGAAGCAACUCUUGAUCACUGCAUUUUCCCUCUUCUUUGCGGGCACAGAAACCACCAGCACCACACUUCGCUCUGCAUUCCUGCUCAUGCUCAAGUACCCCCAUGUCGCAGAGAAGGUUCAGAAAGAGAUUGACCAAGUGAUUGGCUCGCAUCGUGCUCCCACCUUCAAUGACCGAACCAGCAUGCCAUAUACAGAUGCAGUCAUCCAUGAGAUUCAGAGAUUUGUGGAUCUUGCCCCUAUUGGUGUGCCUCAUAAAGUCACCAAGGAUACACACUUCCGAGGCUACAUGAUCCCAAAGGGUACUGAAGUAUUUCCAAUCCUGAGCACUGCUCUCCAUGACCCACAUUACUUUAAGAAUCCAGAAACCUUCAACCCUGAGCAUUUUCUAGAUGCCAAUGGAGCCUUGAAGAAGAGUGAAGCUUUCAUGCCUUUUUUAAUAGGAAAGCGCAUUUGUCUUGGAGAAGGCAUGGCCCGCAUGGAAUUAUUCCUCUUCAUCACCAACAUCCUACAGAACUUCACCUUGGCUACCACAAAGGACCCUAAAGAUGUGGACAUCACCUCCAUGAAGAGUGGGAUGAGCAGAAUUCCUCCAUUGUACAAGAUUCGCUUCCUGCCCCGACAUGAAUAGUGACAAUGAGGUCAUAGUAGCCUGAGAUGCAUUAUUAAGAAUCUCUGCCUCUGUAGAAAGCUCCUACCUCUCUCUAGACCUGCCGUCCUCAAACAGACCUAUGCAAACUUCGAUCUUUCUUU